CGAACCUGAGCCCAGCCUUGGCCAGAAUACACGGUCCCAGGGCGCUCUCCCGCUUCCUGACUCGCUUUAACCACCUUUCAUGCAGAUAACGCGAAGGAGGCGCUUUUAGGGGCGUGUGGAUUCGUGGCCCUCCGGUUCUCUGCCAACCUCCUCUUGGCAAAAUUGGUCCUUGGAGGUCCUGGCCGUGCCUGAUUUUCCUUGUCAGUUUGCUGCCUGCCUUGUUUUUAGGCCAAACACCUGACUUCCUUGACUCUGUUGCCAUAGCAGCCGUACCAACCCUAACUGUUCUUCUAGCAUCCUUGGAACAUUUCGUCUAGCUGUGCUGCACUGUUUAGUCACAUGCAAAGCACCCCUCGGAGAUUUCUUUGUGUGGUUUUGCUGUACACUGCACUGCAUUGUCUAUUCAAUAUGUUUUCAUGAAAGUUUAUUUAGGCCUUAUCCUCCCCAGAGGAGCUUUUUCAUUAACACAUUUUCUGUCCUUGUUGAAAGUUUUCCCAGACAUUUAACAUAAAAAUUUCAGUAGAACAUUUAUAGCCCAAUUCUAAUCAUGGUUAAGUGGAAGUAAGAUCCAUUAAUUAAUUCCAAUAAAUGUGCUCUAGUUUCAGUCCUAAGCAUGUUGUCAGUUGUUGAAUUACUGGAGUUCUCGCCUUUGAUAAUAAACCAAGGAAGAGUCAAGUAGCUAUCUCAUGCCACUGCCUAGCUAAGAGGCAAGGUCUUCUACUGGCCCAGAGACCAGUUUGCAAAAUCCAGACUUCAACGUGGCUCAUACAGAGAGUAAAUACACAACAGAAAGAAUCCUUUGGACAGAAUUAUCCAGAGGAAGCUGAUGGCACACUGGAUUGUAUUAGUAUGGCCCUUACGUGCACUUUUAACAGGUGGGGCACUCUUCUAGCAGUAGGUUGUAAUGACGGCCGAAUUGUCAUCUGGGACUUCUUGACAAGAGGCAUAGCAAAAAUCAUAAGUGCCCAUAUCCAUCCAGUAUGUUCAUUAUGUUGGAGUCGAGAUGGUCACAAAUUGGUGAGUGCGUCAACCGAUAAUAUGGUAUCUCAGUGGGAUGUUCUGACUGGCGAUUGUGACCAGAGGUUUCGGUUCCCUUCCCCUAUUCUGAAAGUCCAGUAUCAUCCCCGAGAUCAGAAUAAGGUGUUGGUAUGUCCAAUGAAGUCUGCCCCAGUCAUGCUAACAUUGUCUGAUUCAAAACAUGUUGUCCUACCAGUGGAUGAUGAUUCUGACCUAAAUGUGGUGGCUUCUUUUGAUCGGCGAGGGGAAUAUAUCUAUACUGGGAAUGCCAAAGGGAAGAUCUUGGUCUUAAAGACAGACACUCAGGACCUUGUUGCUUCCUUUCGAGUAACAACAGGAACCAGCAACACUACAGCUAUUAAAUCCAUAGAGUUUGCUCGGAAAGGAAGUUGCUUUCUGAUAAAUACAGCUGAUCGAAUAAUCAGAGUCUAUGAUGGUAGGGAAAUCUUGACAUGUGGGAGAGAUGGAGAACCAGAACCAAUGCAGAAGCUGCAGGACUUGGUGAACAGGACACCUUGGAAGAAAUGCUGUUUCUCUGGUGAUGGGGAGUACAUUGUUGCAGGAUCGGCACGUCAACAUGCUUUGUAUAUUUGGGAGAAGAGCAUUGGAAACUUAGUUAAAAUCCUCCACGGCACCCGGGGAGAGCUUUUACUAGAUGUAGCAUGGCAUCCUGUCCGACCUAUUAUUGCUUCAAUUUCCAGUGGUGUGGUAUCCAUAUGGGCUCAGAAUCAAGUGGAAAAUUGGAGCGCCUUUGCACCUGAUUUCAAAGAGCUGGAUGAAAAUGUAGAGUAUGAAGAGCGGGAGUCUGAGUUUGACAUAGAAGAUGAAGAUAAGAGUGAGCCGGAGCAGACAGGUGCUGAUGCUGCGGAGGACGAAGAAGUGGAUGUAACCAGUGUAGACCCCAUUGCUGCGUUCUGUAGCAGUGAUGAAGAAUUGGAAGACUCCAAAGCUUUAUUGUACUUGCCAAUUGCCCCUGAAGUAGAAGAUCCAGAGGAGAACCCAUAUGGCCCCCCACCAGAUGCAGUCCAGACCACCUUACCUGAUGAGGGAAUAGGCUCUGAGAAGAAAAGGCAGUCUUUGACUGAUGGACCUCAGCCACCAAAGAAGAAACCCAAAACAACCAAUAUUGAAUUGCAGGGAGUGCCCAAUGAUGAAGUCCAUCCGUUGCUGGGUGUGAAAGGAGAUGGUAAAUCCAAGAAGAAGCAAGCAGGCAGGCCUAAAGGAUCAAAAGGUAAAGAGAAAGAUUCUCCAUUUAAACCGAAACUCUACAAAGGGGACAGAGGUUCUUUACCUCUGGAAGGAGCAGCGAAGGGUAAAGUGCAGGCGGAGCUGGGACAGCCUUUGCCAGCUGGUGGUGGGAUCUCAGAACUGUUGUGAAGAUAUCCUGCCCUCCCCCACCCCCCUUCCCACCUGCCCUUAUUUCCUAUAUUGGCACCAUAAUAUGGAAUAAGGACAAAACAUUGUCAGAUAAUGGACUGACACUAAGUUAUAAUAUGGUAAGGACAAGUGACCUGACUGCCUAUGGAUACAGGGGACAAUUUUCUAAAAGAUCCAAAUUAUGGAAGAGAAAAGUUCUUUUUCCCUGGCCCCCUCUUCCCACUAACAGUGAAAGAACUCUCAGGAGUUGUAAAAGAACUUCUCAGGAAAGAAGAUUUGUACAGAACCUGAUGGAAGGGAACUGCUUUCUGCUUGUUGGUCUGCAUAGAGCUUCUUAAAGCAGGAAGAAGUCUUAUCACAGGACAAGAAGACCCCCUUUGCUUUCAAGUUGAGGUCUUGCUUCAUUUGUUAUGUCUUGUUCUGGAGAGGAUCAGUUUUGGAGUUUUGUUUCCAUGAACACCUAUCAUGCUGCUGUGGAUCCCAGCACAUUGCUGUUGCAUCAUUGCUAAUUAAAACACAUUAAUUCUGUACAUCAUUAUGUUCUCUGUUAUGUCCACACUGGCUUGCAGUGAGUCGGUAAACCUGCUGUCAGUGCUUUGGUCUCCAUUGUACAGGUUUGACAGACUGCCUUCCCAGUUGUCUUAUUUUAGCAGGUUUAGGAUAGAUAUUUGAAAUCAAGAUGCCUGCAAAGAAUGGCCAUGUUGUAAAGCGGGUUUGCAGAGAAUUGGCAAUCAGUUGCAAGAACUGGGUGGUGAGGAGAGUGAGGAGCAGGCAUGUAUCUAGAAAAAAUGAGGGUGGUGUUGAAUAUGACAUAAAGUAGAAGCUUGAAUGGUUUGCACCUCAUCUUGCCAUAUUUCCAUGUCUUGUCAGCAGAGAUGCUUGUUCUCCACAUACAGGAGAACCUCAGUAUUUGCGGGGGUUCCAUUUUCUGCUACUACCACAGAUACAGAAAAUGUGAAUACUGGGUUAUUGGGGCAAUGGGACCACGGGGGUUGGGUUACCAGAGCCUUGGAAAUUAGUGAAACACACAGCAGGGAGGCUUUAAAGGGCAAAAUAAAAUGCCCUACCUUGUUCUGCAGACCUCUGGUGAUCCAGCAACCACCACCCCACCCUGAAUUUUAAAAAUACUCCUAUUUUUAGGGUUUUUGUCAUGUUCUUUCCCCCCAAGUAAACAAGCCACAAAAUGGCGGCCGGAAAUGACUUUCGUGGUCAUUUUCAACUGCCUGUGGAUACGCUGAGUUAAAAACACCUUUUUUUGCCGGAUUUCAUUUGUGUAUGCUGAUGUCAGGUGUCAAUCAUCUGACCACGGAUAUGUGAUACUGGAUGGUGAGUCUGCGAAUAUGGGGGUCCUACUGUACUUCAAGAUGUAUAGCAGGCCUGCUCAACUUAGGUACCCCAGCUGUUUUUGGACUACAACUCCCAAAUCCCCAGCCACAGUGACCAAUUGCCAGGGAUUAUGGGAGUUGUAAGCCAAGAUCUGCAGGAGGACCAAAGUUGAGCAGCCCUGAUGUAUAGGAAAAAAAUACACAUUUCUGGGCUGUGAAUGAGGCAUUGAAGCAGUGUAAGGGGAGCAUGAGUAACUUAUGCUCCUGCUCUGUGUCUUGUCCGAAGCUACCCAAAGAUUCAAGUUUUGAUACUGGACCUCUCCUUUGAAAGGCUGCAUUUGUGUUUCUCCCAAAUGUAGUUGUUUCAUCUAAAGUUGUAGCUGAUGUAUAGGAAAAAAUGCACAUUUCUGGGCUGUGAAUGAGGCAUUGAAGCAUUGUAAGGGGAGCAUGAGUAACUUAUGCUCCUGCUCUGUGUCUUGUCUGAAGCUACCCAAAGAUUCAAGUUUUGAUACUGGACCUCUCCUUUGAAAGGCUGCAUUUGUGUUUCUCACAAAUGUAGUUGUUUCAUCUAAAGUUGUAGCUGCCUCCCCACUUUCCUAUGCUCUAUAGGGUAUUUGACAACAUCCCAGGAUCCUGCAUGGGGUUUCAAAAGGCCUUGUGCCUAUAGAGUACAUUGUGGAAUGAGCACUUAAUUGUACAUUGCAAAUAGCCUUUUUUGUUGAUGUUGUGUCCAGCAUGUUGUCCUGUGGCCUGAUUCCUCUAACAAACCUGGACUUGAUGUCCCAUAUAGUGUACCAUCCCUGAUCUCCAGAACUUCUUGCAACCUUCCUCUGUCUAAUCCUGCAGACUGCCAGUCCAUCCAAAGACUGGAAGUCUACUUGAGUAAUGACUGCUGUACAGCAUAUGUGGUAGUAUGGAUUCCAGCCUUUUUCUGCAAGUUUCUCCAGUUUCCAUGGUUUACUUUCUUUCACUUCUAAACAUUAUUUUGCUACUUCUGUAGUUUAUACAAUGCCUGACAGAUAAUGACUGCUUGCUAGUUAUUUGUAAAGUAUCUCUGUGAUGUUAGCUUCUGUGUUUGUAAAUAAAGAGGUAUGUUUUUAUUUCUUAAA